AUGCUGUUCCGCAUCCUCGUAACAGCCAGCGCCGUAGUUAGCGGCGGAUCAGCCGUAUAUCUCUAUCUGUUCCACCAAAGGCUGGCAUCGCGAAUAGAACACCACACACACCGUGGAACACUCUCAUCACAGUCCCCCAGACUUCUGCUGGUCAACUCAGUGCCCGAGCAUGAUUUCACCAAAGAGCACUUUGCCCUUCAUGACCAUUCGUCAAAGCAGGUCUCACGCGAUGCGCUCCCGAAAAACAUCUCUCCCGACCAGCUUUUCACAAGGCUGGUGCGCCGUAACAUGACGGCGUUUAGCCGUCUUCCCCAAGCGUGGAUGAUACGACUCGUCAGUACGACACCAGAAGAGCUACAGAGCUUCAAAGCCUCCCAUCUCGGCUCUCUGAACUUUGACAAAGGUGACCUUGUCUGCGGGGCUUACCGUGUCGUUGACCGCAGCGAAAACAAGGUGGAAUUUGAAAUCAAGAUGAAGAAUGUCGACUUUUUUCACGGCCGACUCGCUUUGGGCUAUAGGGAGAUUGGGGAUCACAUUGUGUUUUCCAGUGAGACGUUCAUGUGGAGACGGACUGAAGAACGUCGACCGAUGCCGUUGGAAAAGCCUUUGUUGCAGUGGAUGCAUGAAACAGCUUCGUGGUGGCUGCUCGAAUCUGGUGUCAAGUACUUGAUGGAGUUGGAAUCUUGA